CCUUAUUCGAACAGUUCGAGACUAAUGAAGGGGCCAAAGAGGAGGAGAAAGAAAUAUGAGUGAUUUUUUUUCUAUACUCACAGGGAGUGGUAUAAUGUCGAGACUAAGAACGAAACCAAUAUUGGAGAAGGCCUUAGCGCUCUCCUCAGUCUUCUCAUAGACACUGCUGUGGAUAGUCUUGAGGAGAAUCUGGCUUUACACUUCAGCUGUCUCUUACAGACACAUGUGGGUACUUGCCGUAAUUGUUUCUAGGUAUAUUUUGCGUAAUUGCGCGGAAAUACACGUAAAAUGCGAAUGGACUGCAUCAUCCUUUCUGGGAACAUUUAAAAGAUAAACGACCAGAGAAGCACCACGAGCACGUUACCUGACUUGAUAAGAAGAUACAAAGGCGCUAAGGACAGAGGGAAAACUUUCUGGAGAGAAUCUUUCCACUCGUGCCAAACUGGACCUCUGGGGGAAACGCGAAGAAUAUUAUACGCGCGUUAUGAGACGGUGAUCUUAUAAAGUUAAAAAGAUGCAUUUUUUAAGGAGUGCUCUUAAUGCGUUUCUAAUUAAAGACAUGCCGGGGUAAUCCACAUGGGACAGCUCCUUACGUCUGCAACUGACAAUAAAAAGUGAGGGAACUCAUGCCGGAUGAUCUGAAGCGAACUUCAAAACGCGCACCGGAGGAGUAAAAAUAAAUAAAUAAAAAGCUGCGGACUUUCAGCAAUUUCCACCCACUUCGAGUCAACACAAUCAACAGAUGGCCGCGGCUGUCUUCUUUAAACAUAUACAACAGACUCUCUCUUCUUCUGUCAUGGUGCACUAGCGCCUGUGGAAGUACCUUUUGGAAAGGCGACGCCAGUGUCUACGGUGUUCAUCGUAUUAACAUUAAGAAUCGUUAAACACACAGGGAGACCUUCAAACAAGUAUAAAAUAUAUCUGCAUCGCUGAAAAACAGGGCUAUAAGACUGGACGCAGGGCAGAGGGGCUCUCAGUGCCCACAUUUCAGCAUGAGUGCAGUGCGCUCACCUUUCUUCAUCGGGCUCCUACUGCUGAUCCUCACCGCCGGCUACUGCAAACAGAGAGACAGGGACGACACGAGUCUGCUGGACCUCCUAAUGGACAGAGUGAGGCUAACACGUGAGCAUCACAGUGAGGGAAGCAUACAGCAUCCCCCUAAAAUCAUCGAGCAUUCGGUGGAAACAAAGGACGUUAAUAAAGUUACCAAGUCAUAUCAGCACGAAAGAAUUCUUGAGGUCUUUCCGAGAGAUCUUUCCAGCAGACAGAAGGAGACGUUUUUAAAACAUUUAACGGGGCCACUUUAUUUCAGCCCCAAAUGCAGCAAACACUUUUAUAAACUAUAUCAUAAUACCAGGGACUGCACAAAACCAAUCUACUAUAAAAGAUGUGCCAGACUUCUUAUACGAUUAGCAGAAAGUCAACGGUGCACAGAGGGAUAGACGUCACAGAUUUCAACAGACCUGAAGAAAUAAACAAGAAAGAAAAAGAAAAAGUGCCUUGGAGAAAAACAGAGAAAUUAAAUAAAUUCAGAACAAUCAUAUUUAUCAUGUGGACAAAACUAUUUUUGUAAUAAAAUGGAACUACUCUUGUGGUUUUAUUUUACUUCA